AUGUCCCAGCGGCUCUCGUCCUCGGCGAGACGGCCUGUCUUUCAGCGCAACAUGAAGCUGGUCGGGAUGAUGCUGGAGUUGCCGUCACUGCUCCUAGCGCCGCUCUCGCUCGCGUUCGAGGCUGCAGGUAUGCACAACGUGGUCGAGGAGUGGCUCGCGCACUUGCCCAUGCAGACCGAGAUCAUCAAUUUGGGGAUUGCGGCGACGUGCGGCGUGCUCAUUCUCUUUCUGCGGUUCCGGAGCGCUUCGUCCCAUUUUUGCGAAGAGCUCUUGCACGAAUACGUGUAUCCGAUCACACUCGACGUGCUCUAUAUCCCGCUCAUGUUCACCUUCCUGCGUCUCACGACGUGUCCCGACGACAUGCGCUACCGCAUCGCGCUGCCUGGCGGCGUCACCUGCCAAUGCGUCGACUGGUUUGGCCUCUACUCGUCAGUCGGCCUCGCAGGCUUUGUGCUCAUGUAUGCUGGCGCGCUUCGGUUCAAAAUCUACAUUGAACCGCUGAGCACCUCGAUGGAUUUCGAGUUCCAGAGCGGGUACCAGAUCAUCAUGGUCAUGGCGCGCACCAUCGACCCCCUUGUCGCGAUGCUCGUCAAUAGCUUGGACGUCAAGACACACGUGGGUCAAGCGGUUUGCAUCCUCCUCGCGUACCUCGCGGUGAUGCUGUUGCUGCUUGUCUACUCGUACAAGACACAGCCGUGCAUUGGGAGUGGUCGCGUCCCCAACAACAUUCGCGUGCUCUCGUUUUCGUGCGCGAUAUACGCGACUCUGUGUGGUCUCAUGUACCUUGCGGCGGGCGGACCGCACGACAACCUCUAUUACGAGCUCGCUGCGCUGCCGGUCGUGGGCAUCCUCGCGUGGGUCAUCAACGGUCGUCGUGCGCGGCACUUUCACAUCCCCGACGUCUCGAUCUUGACGCUGCUCGAAUCUCCGCAGCCCCAGGUCCGCGUCGUUGGAGCCAUCGCAGCAUUUUACGUCGACGCGGCCAAACUGCACCCGCUGGACCACGAAGGUAUCUUGACUCGACUGCGUGAGCUCGCAUCGAGUGACAGUCACCCGCUCUGCCGGACCUAUGCGAUCCAGACACUGUGGUUUUGCCACAUUGCAGGACUGCGCAAGAACAAGCGAGUGAUCGGAGAGCUGUCGGAAGCACUUGUGAUGCCGCACAAGUUGUGGCUCAAAGACAAGACGAACAACGACCGGCCUUUGCCUCGUCACAUGCAAGUGCAUCGAGGCGGGGCUCACGCCAAGGCACCGGAGAAGCGCAUCAAAGUUGCACGUAUCAACGACAUACAAGUGGUGACACCCACGACGGUGACGGCACCCAAGCCCGUGUCUCACAAGUCAUUGAAGCGGCGCCGCAGCUCGGUGUCGGCGAGCAUUCUCGCGCCAUCGCCGUGCCCUAUCGUGCGCAUUCGCGACAAGCCGUGGCUUUCGAUCACGCAAUCGCAGGACACGGCCGCGGAUAAUAUGCAAGAUUUGUACCAACGCAGCCUCGAGGUGCUCUUGCAAAACAUCGGCGUCGACGGCGCUCAAGAAACAAUCGCACUCUUCCUACUGCAGUGCUACAAGGCGCGGUAUUGGCAUCUGAGCAAAGUCGUCUUCCUGCAUGUCCUCGCUGCGCUCUGCGCCUCGACCGAAGCCAAGUUUGUCAUCGACGCCAUCCACACAGCCCACAGUACUUGCGUUAGCGCCGUUUUGCCACCGUCUCUGUGGCUACGUCACCCGAGCGCAUUCCACCAGCUUGUGCUUGGUCUUCGACAGCCCUCGCUCGUCACCGUCACCAAAUGUGCGCACGUUGUGGCCGAGAUCCUGACAGCGGCAACGACCGAAGCCAACGCUAACACCAUGGAGAUGCUGUCCCAGGACGCGAUUGCAGCGAUCCACGCUGCGUUUUGGCUGUGGCACGGAAGCUACAAAGUCAGCUUGUUGCUCGAGCGCAUUUGUAUGUCGUUGCACGCGCUGGAAGCUCAAGCGCAGAAAAAGCGCAUCAGCUCUGCCGACAAGUCGCCGCGCCAAACGUUUCUCAACCGCCUACGAGGCAACGGCACGUACCUUCCGACCAGCAUUCGAGCGCUCGUCGUUCUCUCCAAGCAGUCGUCCAAGGUGUCGCAGCGUCGCAGUGUGGUCGAUCCAACAGUUGCGACCGUCUCGCCGCUCGAGCCGAGUCAAGUGCAGCCGCCUACUACGCCAGUGCCAUCCAUGCAUCGCGCUAGAACAAAGAGAUCGAUCCUUCAAGUCAUCAAGCGGAGCCGCGUGCUUCCAGAAGCACCACGUAUUUCGAUGGUGUCGCGCGUCAAGGUGCUCAAUUUUGUCACACCGGCGAUCCUCACCGAGAUCGAGCGGCGCCAAGCGCUCCGAAGUCAGUUUGAGAGCGCGCUCUCGCGGGCAUCGGACGCAUGUCGCGUUGACGCCCGGCGCGGUCCAGCGUCCGCCGACGCGCCCCGGUACCACAUGAGUCAGCGAAGUGAGUUUCUUGUGUCGAUUGUGACCAAGCUCUACAUGGGCGCGGGCGAGUGCGCAAUGGUCGAGUUUGCCGCAACCGCGCUCGACCCCGAGCUCCAAUCCUACUUCCAGGAAUUUGUGUUGCCGCUUACUGUACAGCUUCAAUCGCCACAACGAAGCCUAUGGCGCCGACUACGAAGAAUAUCGCGAUAAAUACACAGCAC